CAAAUGCCAUGGACAAAUCACACAUCCAUCACCAAGUUCAUUCUCCUGGGAUUUGGGAACCUGAACGAAGUUCAGAUUCUGCUUUUUGUGCUGUUUCUAGUGAUCUACAUUGUGACCUUGGCUGGGAACCUUCUCAUUGUUGCCCUAGUUGUGGCUGAUCGGCAGCUUCACACCCCAAUGUAUUUCUUCCUGGGGAACUUGUCCUUCUUGGAGACCUGCUACACCUCAGCGAGUGUCCCCAGAUUGCUGGCUGGGCUCCUUGUAGAAGACAGGAUAAUCUCAGUCAGGGACUGUAUCACACAGUUAUUUUUCCUCAGUGCUUUCGCUUGCAUUGAGUGCUUCCUCCUUGCAGUCAUGGCUUAUGACCGUUACUUAGCCAUAUGCAACCCACUCAGCUAUAACAUUAUGAUGAACCUCAGGGUUUGCAUUCAUGUGGUAUCUGCCUCCUGGAUAACUGGUUUCUCAGCCACUGCUUUAGUAGUGGGGAUGGUGCGCCAGCUAAGCUUCUGCAGUGCCAAUGAAAUAAAUAAUUUCUUCUGUGACAUGGAGGAGCUGCUCAAAUUGUCCUGCACAAGAAGCUCCCUGGUGGAAAUGAUUGUUCUGAUCUCCUGCUCCCUGGUAACCCUGGCCCCUUUCCUCUUCAUUGUUGUGUCUUAUGUUAAUAUCCUCUCUGCCAUUGCCUCCUCUGCUGAGAGGCAGAAGGCCUUUUCCACCUGUGCCUCUCACCUGCUGGUGGUGAGUCUGUAUUACGGGACCAUCAUUAUCAUGUAUGUGGUGCCAUCAGCGGAACAAUCCCCAGCCUUCCAUAAAGUUCUGUCUCUCAUGUACACGGUUAUCACCCCAAUGUUCAACCCCAUCAUCUACAGUCUGAGGAACAAAGAGGUGAAGGGGGCAUUCAGGAAAGUUGUGUUGCAGAAUUUAGGCAUAGCUUAG